AUGCGACCGUCAAACCCGGUCGAUCUUGAGGCCAGCGUGGACGACGCCUCGCUUUAUGAACAGACGCACGUUCACGAAGUGUACGAUGCCAUUGCAGACCAUUUCUCAGCCACCCGCUAUUCGCCCUGGCCGUUGGUAGCCCAGUUUCUUGCCCGCCAGCCGGCUGGCUCCAUCGGUCUCGACGUCGGCUGUGGCAACGGCAAGUACCUGAGUGGUGCGUCCAGCGCACCGCCGCCGUCGUCAUUGCCACCACCGAUUCCUGGCACACCCCAGCGCUUCAUCCUGGGGAGUGAUCGGAGCGCCGCCCUAGCCGCGUUGGCGUACGAGAAACACGCCCACCACCGCGUAGGUGCUGAUGUGCUGCUGGCCGACUCCCUGGCACUGCCCUUUCGUGACGGCUGUGCGGAUUUCAUCAUCUGCAUAGCCGUGGUGCACCACCUGUCGACGCGGAAACGGCGCCAGGCCGCUGUGAAAGAGCUGCUACGGUGUGUGCGGCAGCGAGACGUGCAGCAGGACCCGGUGCAGCAGCCAGAACCGCAGCAGCGACAGCCGCAGCCGCCGGCACCAAGUUCCACGACUCCCGGCACCCCUGCCCCCUCUUUUUUGCCCCCCUCGCCCUCCCCCACCGCACCGUCCUCGACGGCCUCCUCUGCUUCGCCCUCACUCUCAGCCUCUCGGUCCGGCCGUGUGCUCAUCUACGUAUGGGCCCUGGAGCAGGCGACGAGUCGACGAGGUUGGACCGCAGGCGGCGAGCAGGACCUACUUGUGCCGUGGGUCAAGACGAUGCGGGAUAAGAACCAGAGCAAGGUCAAGGGUAAGGGCGGCAAGAAGAUGCACGAGGAGAAGGAGCAGCAGGCAGGGGUCGACAACAAAGACGAACAAGGGGUAACGACGGAUCGAGAGGCCCAACAGCCCCAUGUGCCGCCGACGUUCCACCGCUACUAUCAUCUCUACAAACAGGGCGAACUGGAGGACGACGUGGCAGCCGCUGGCGGCCACGUAGUAGCGUGCGGGUAUGAAAAGGACAACUGGUGGGUGGUGGCCGAUCCCUUAUGA